AUGACCGAAUACGUGAAUAUGCUUGAACAAUUAACUGGCUUAUUUUCCAAGGCCCAAAUCCAAGCUACUUUGGUUGCUUGGUUGCCAAUAAAAAUAAGAGAGUAUCUACCGGGAAUAAUGGCUAAUCAUAUUAUUCUAGGAGAUGAACAAAAAUUACAAAAACUUAUAAAUUUAUUAUUAGAAAGUGUUCAUCAAUUUUCAUUUUGUCAUCAAUCGUUACCUUUUGUAAAAUCAGAUGAUUCGAGAUUUUCCAUAGCUAAUCCUGUAAAUUUAAAAUGUCCAGCUUAUGAUAUCAGAAAUGAUGUAUCUGAUAUGAUUAGCUUAAAACAAAGAAUUGGUCAAUAUGAUUUAUAUAAUGUUAGAAUGUAUUUUGGUGGUGGAUUGGUUCAAAUUUAUCUCAAAAAGAAACAAGCAAAUCCAAGUAGUUUACUUGAAUUAGCACCUCAACCUCCAUCAAAUACUCAAAAUUCUUAUAAUAGUCAAACUAUAAAUAUAUCACCACAAACAAUAAAAACAAUGAUGACACAUAAUCUUAAUGGUACUAAAUUAUCUCUUUAUCAAGGUACUAUGGAUAAUAAUAUGGAUAAUUUACAUAUUCACAAUGAGCAGGAACUUCAUUCUUCUAGUAAUAGUUGUACCAUUAAUGACUUUACUACUUUUGAUAUGUGUAAACCUGUAUUUUAUGAUGAAAGUAAUAAACUUAAGGUUGAUUCUAUUUUAAUUGUGAGUAUAAAUUCAUUGUUAUGUUAA